UGCCAUCACUGCAUUUCUUUUUGCACUCCAUCGAGAUUAGUUACUUUUUGAGCUGAAGAAGGUGCUAUCGGAGUAUUUUUUUGUUUAGCGAUUAAAGCCGUUUUUGUUGUUCAGCAUGCCUGAGCCAGCUAAGUCUGCUCCCGCUCCCAAAAAGGGAUCGAAGAAGGCUGUAACUAAAACCCAGAAAAAGGGAGACAAGAAGCGCCGCAAGAGCAGGAAGGAGAGUUACUCCAUCUACGUCUACAAGGUAUUGAAGCAGGUUCAUCCUGAUACUGGCAUUUCUUCCAAAGCGAUGGGUAUCAUGAACUCAUUCGUGAAUGAUAUCUUUGAACGUAUUGCGGGAGAAGCUUCUCGCCUGGCUCAUUACAACAAGCGCUCCACCAUCACUUCCCGGGAGAUCCAGACGGCUGUGCGUCUUUUACUGCCUGGGGAAUUGGCGAAGCAUGCUGUCUCAGAGGGCACGAAGGCUGUCACCAAGUACACCAGCUCCAAGUAAGCAGAUCGUGCUGCUUAGCGAAGAACCCAAGAACCCAAAGGCUCUUUUAAGAGCCAC